GAGUCUCGCUCUGUCACUGGGGCUGGAGUGCAGUGGCGCAAUCUCGGCUCGCUGCAAGCUCCGCCUCCUGGAUUCACGCCAUUCUCCUGCCUCAGCCUCCCAAGUAGCUGGGACUACAGGCGCCUGCAACCACGCCCGGCUAAUUUUUUAUAUUUUUAGUACAGACGGGGUUUCACCGUGUUAGCCAUGAUGGUCUCGAUCUCCUGACCUUGUGAUCCGCCCGCCUCGGCCUCCCAAAGUGCUGGGAUUACAGGCGUGAGCCACCGCGCCCGGCCACCAACACAUAACUUCUUAAACAGAUUGUCGAGGCUGAACUGUGUCUCCCUCAAAAUUCACAUGUGAAGCCCUAACCCCUAGUCCUCAGAAUGUGCCUGUAUUUGGAGACAGUGCCUUUUAAACGAAGUCAUUAAGGUGGGCCCUAAUCCAAUAUGUCUGGAGUCCCCAAAAUGGAGAGAUUAGAACACAUAAACAGAGGGAUGACAAUGUGAAGAUGAGAGGUGAAGCCAGCUGGACUUCCUGGGUCCAGUGGGGACUUGGAGAACUUUUCUGCCUAAAGGAUUGUAAACGCAAUUGGAGAACUUUUCUGCCUAGCUAAAGGAUUGUAAACGCACCAAUCAGUGCUCUGUGUCUAGCUAAAGGAUUAUAAAUGCACCAAUCAGCACUCUGUAAAAACACACCAAUCAGCACUCUGUGUCUAGCUAAAGGAUUGUAAACGCACCAAUCAGCACUCUGUAAAAACACACCAAUCAGCACUCUGUGUCUAGCUAAAGGAUUGUAAACGCACCAAUCGGCACUAUGUAAAAACACAUCAAUCAGCGCUCUGUGUCUAUCAAUCAGCGCUCUGUGUCUAGCUAAAGGUUUGUAAAUGCACCAAUCAGCACUCUGUAAAAAUGCACCAAUCAGCACUCUGUGUCUAGCUAAAGGUUUGUAAAUGGACCAAUCAGCACUCUGUAAAAUGGACCAAUCAGCAGGACAUGGACAGGGCCAAAUAAGGGACUAAAUGCUGGCCACCUGAGCCAGCAGCAGCAGCCUGCUCAUAACCCCUUCCACACUGUGGAAACUUGAUUCUUUCGCUCCUCACAAUAAGUCUUGCUGCUGCUCAUUCUUUGGGUCCGCACUACCUUUAUGAGCUGUAACACUCACUACGAAGGUCUGCGGCCUCACUCCUGAAGUCAGCAAGACCACGAACCCACCGGGAGGAACAAACAACUCCAGACGUGCCACCUUUAAGAGCUGUAAAACUCACUGAGAAGGUCUGCGGCUUCACUCCUAAAGUCAGCAAGACCAUGAACCCACUGGAAGGAAGAAACUCCAGACACAUCUGAACAUGUGAAGGAACAAACUCUGGACACAGCAUCUUUAAGAAUUGUAACACUCACCGUGAGACUCCGCAGCUUCAUUCUUGAAGUCAGCGAGACCAAGAACCCACUGGAAGGAAUAAAUUCCAGACACAAAGACACAGGGAGAAGAAAAUGGCCAUCUACAAGUCAAACAGAGGCCUCAGAAGAAAACAAACCCUCCUGACACCAUCUUGGCCUUCUAGCUUCCAAAAUUGUGAGAAAAUAAAUUUCUGUUGUUCAAACCACCCAGACAGUGGUCCUUUGCUUUGGCAGCCUUAGCAAACCAAUACACAGAUACAACUACAAAAAUUAAAUUUCACCUUCUCCCUGUAAAAAAGAGAUUUGAGACAAACACAUGGAGGGUGUCUUAGAUAAUUUUAAGAUCUGUACUGUGAUCUUCACAUAGAGGUGUAAGUUACUACCUGUUUUAUUCUAAGGAAAUUGAACUUUCAAUAAUCUAUGCAACAAUAAUUCAUUGUAACUUUCCUCCAUAAUUUUUAAAAUGGUAUUUUACAUUUGUAUAGCAUAUAAAAUUCAAAUUUCAUUCCUAUUUGUUAGUUCAUUUGAUCCUCACAACCUUCUGUAUAAAACAGAAAUUUUGAACCUAGAAUCACAGAGCUAGCAGUGACAGUGACAACUAGAAGCAAAUCAUCUGACCUGGAUCAUGGAUCUUUCUACUACAUUCAAAUGCUUUCCAAAAUUUUAGUAAUGUUCCUGUUUUAGUAAGGGCAGAGAUAAAGCUUACUUUAUAUCUAUACUUAUCAUAAAACCUCAGUAUUUCAAAUAUAUAUAUAUAUAUAUAUGCACAUAUAUUUUGAAGACAGGAUCGUGCUCUGUCGCCCAGGCUGGAAUGCAGUGGCACGAUCUCAGCUCACUGCAACCUCCACCUUCUCGGUUCAAUCGAUCCCCCCGCCUUGGCCUCCAGAGUAGCUAGGAUUAAAGGCGCACACCACCACACCUGGCUCAUUUUUAUAUUUUUUGUAGAGACAAAGUUGUGCCAUGUUGCUUAGGCUGAUCUUGAACUCCUGGGCUCAAGCGAUGUGCCCACAUCAGCCUCCCAAAGUACUGGGAUUAUAGGUGUGAGCUACAGCACCCACCAUGAAAUAAAUUAUAAAUAUGUUUUCCUUUCUAAGCACAAUGGUAUAUCAAAAAUUGUAAUUUUUUUUUUUUUUUUUGAGACAGAGUCUCGCUGUCACCUAGGCUGGAGUGCAGUGGUACAAUCUUGGCUCACUGAAAUCUCUGCCUCCCAGAUUCAAGCAAUUCUUAUGCCUCAGCCUCCCCAGUAACUGGGAUUACAGUCGCAUGCCAACACGCCCAGCUAAUUUUCUGUAUUUUUAGUAGAGAUGGGGGUUUCACCAUGUUGGCCAGGAUGGUCUCAAACUCCUAGCCUCAAAUGAUCCACCCACCUCAGCCUCUCAAAGUGCUGGGAUUACAGCCACCCUGCCCAGCCUAAAAAUAUUUUUUAAAACAUUAAUGGCCAGCAUUUCCUGAAAACUUACAGUUUGUGAGGCACAGUUCUAUGAACUUUACAUGAAUUAACUCAAUCCUAAAAAUCCUGGGAUAGGUAGGUACUAUUAUUGUCUAUUUCAGAGACAGAAACUGAGAAAGUACUUUAUCCAACCUAGUAAAUGGAGGAGUCAGGAUUUGAACCCAGGCAACACUGACUCCACAACCCACAUUCUUAACCACUUCCCAAUGAAAUAUAACUAGGACACUCUUGAGCAUAUAUUUUAAUGGCUUUGAAGUCAAAUGGACUUAUUCUACUACAGGCUCAGCCACUUAUUAGGUAUAUUAUUUGGGGCAAACUUAAUCUCUUGUGUCUUAGAGUCUUUAUAGAAUGGAGAUAAUUAAAUGGGACAAUGAUGUAAAACCAUUUAGUAAGUGGCUGGUAUAGAACGUAUACUAAUUAUUAAGCCAUCACUAUUUUUAUUUCUACUACUUUCAGGAAUAUAUAAGAGCAAUCAACCCUACAGUGUCUAAUUUGGGGAUUCCAAGCUAAAACAUCAAAAGGCCCUCUUUCUUCAUCCGUAAUUCUUUCCUUCCUACUAUUCCAGAAAUACGUGUACUAUUCCCAAUAAUCUCAUUUUCCAUUAAGAAAUAUCACAUUGGAUGAGUACGUGUAUUUAUGGAAUAACAGGAAGGAACGAAUUAUGGAUGAAUAAAGAGAACCUUUUGGCAGCAGUGGAGUUUAUCCAGCCCUCAUUUCUACCUCAAAGGAGGAAUGCAACUCUGUGCCAGAAAUAUGUGUCUAUAUCGCAAUGCUGUUGAUAAAACAGCCUACUACAGUGCUUUGAGGAAAAUAGGCAUUACGCAGAUAUUUGAUGACUAAAUUAACGUCCAGCUGAACUGAAAGCCCUCAUAAUGCUACUAGUACUGCUACAUACCAGAUAAUAUGACAGUCAAGGCUGUGGGAAUUAUAUGGCAUUGGCUGCCCUGGUUCCGUGGGGAGACUGAGUGAGCUGGGCAGAGGAGAUUUGGCCUAAUGGCAUUAAACUCUGAUGAUACUAGAAGCAGCCCUCAGAAGGAAAAGAUUAAUGGGCUAUCUCUAAACCACCAGAGCAAUAUCGGAAUAUGUAUGAAAAUCAUUUCCUACCCCGUGUCAGGGUCAAAAAAAAGCACUAUCUUUUCUCAUAUUGGCUUCUGGAGAGUCAGGGCUUCUUGUCCUACGACUGGUUUGGGGCAGGGGAGGAAAACAUCGACAAAGGGUUAAGACUGUUGGGCAGUUUUUAAAAUUCCCAGCCCAGCCUAAAGGUGGUGUUUAUCAACGUGUGGUCCCUGGAUCAUCAGUAACAGACCAAGAGUGCGGGUGCUUGCUUAAAUCCCAGACUCAGGGACCCAUCACAAAUCUCUAGAAUCAAAUUUAUGGAAGAGGUGCUAGGGUACUGCAACCUUAUUACUAAGGAACAAUCUUCUGUUUCAGAACUAUGGCCUAGGAAUUGGGGUUUCAGGUGGGGGCCUUGAGCGGAAGUCCUCUGACUGGAUUCAUCACAUUCGACAGACACUACUACAACACUUUGUUUUGGAGACCAUUAAAAAACUACCUCAACUUCUCGCACAGGAACAGGAACAAAACUAAGGACUCUGGGACAUAUUUUCAUAAGCUGGUUAACAGUUCCUUCACAGCCUUGUUUAUCAUGUUAGUUUGUUCACUAGAUUCUUAUUUAAAAAUAAAUCUCUUCAACCGAGGAAUUUUCAGAAAGAAUCACAAACUCCAAAAUAGAAGAGUUUUCUCAUAGUGCAGAACUGGGCUUGUAAACCUGAAGACACUGCUAUAAAAAGAAAAGUUUUAUUUAAAAGAAAAUUUCUGGUUAAGGCUUUCCUCAGCUCUUUUGCACUCAGAGCCACGGAUGAAAGCUGGCAAUCUGCGGGUGGCAGGGAAGAAAGACGCGGAAACAGGGCUGAAAAGACCGAGCAAAAUGCACUCGGCUCCAGAGUUCAGGAGGAAGUCCCACCAACUACCUAAUUUUUAAUGGAGCCAAUUAAUUGCCAGAAAAACCGCGUCUGCAAAUGUUUUGCCAGUCAACACUCCAGGUUCUCGCCAUUCCUCUCGGGCGGGAUGAACCACCCGAGGCCUGCAAAAAGCAGUCAAGCAGUCAAGUUACACUUCAGCUGUGCCCACCGCCUGGGCGCAGCGUCGCCUCCCUCCCCAGGAUCACCAGACUCUGCCCUCCGCGCGGAAACAGGAGCCCAUCACGCCGCUGCCCACAGGUUCCUCGCGCCCAGCUCAGCCCCGCGGCCUUUCGACUCGGGGGUCCGAGCCGCCGCCGCGUCCGGAGGAGACGCCCCCUCGGCCACAAAGGGAAGACUCGGGCCACGCCCGCCGCCACACUCGCCCUGCCCGGUCUUCGCGCCCGAAACCGUACCGCGCCGCCACUUACUCGUCGCUCCCCGCCGCGCUGUCGCGCUCGGGGCUGGAAUCCCCUCGGGAGGCGCGCGCAGGCCGCGCAGCCAGAAGCUGCAGCCGGGACCGGCUGUGCCGCAGCGGCGCGCGCCGCCUGCCCCGGCCCGCGCGGCCACGCGGCUGAGUCACCCAGCGCUUCACGUUAAGAGUCCCCUCCGCGCGUGGCACGCCGGGAAGGCCGUGUCGGGGGUCCCCGCCCGGGGCCGCACCGUAAAUGGGUGUCGCCUUUCCUCCAGUCCACUCUGCACCCAAACGCAGCGGGCGCACUUUUCUGAGUUGUGCAUACCCUGUCAAUUAGUAAAGGUUGCAGACGGAAAAGUUAGUAGUUUUCGGAAUUGUAGAAUACGCUCGUGCAGCGCCAGGACGGCUAAUGCUUACCCGAAAAUGUGGAACCCUGAUCUCCCCAUGCGUGGAGCGGGGUUGGAGGUAGCGUAG